AUGAAUCAACAAAAGCACCCUUUUCAUUUAGUAGACCCAAGUCCAUGGCCAUUUCUUGCAUCGUUUGCAGCUCUUGUGACUACUUUCGGUGGCGUGAUGUACAUGCAUGGGUACAUUGGUGGUGAUUCUUUAGCCGCUUCAGGAUUUUUAUUAAUUCUUUAUACCAUGUUUGUUUGGUGGAGAGAUAUCAUUCGUGAAGCGACUUAUCAAGGGCACCAUACGACAACCGUUCAAGCUGGACUUAAAUCUGGUAUGAUUCUCUUUAUUGUUUCAGAAAUUAUGUUUUUUCUUGCAUUUUUCUGGGCAUUUUUUCACUCAAGUUUAGCACCAACAGUCGAAAUUGGGGCUGUUUGGCCACCAAAAGGGAUCGAUGUUUUAAACCCUUGGGAAAUUCCAUUUUUAAACACGUUGAUUCUUCUAACUUCCGGGGCAACAGUAACAUGGGCGCACCAUGCAAUCUUAGCUGGUCAGAAGACGCAAGGAAUCAUGAGUUUAAUUUUCACAGUUAUCCUUGCAGCCGUAUUUACAGGGUUCCAAGUUGUGGAAUAUGUCGAAGCACCUUUUACUAUUACAGAUGGUAUUUAUGGGUCAACCUUUUUUAUGGCGACAGGAUUUCACGGGUUUCAUGUAUUUAUUGGAACCGUUUUUCUAGCCAUUUGUUUACUCAGAUUAGUUGCAAAUCAGUUCUCGACACACCAACAUUUUGGAUUUGAAGCUGCCGCUUGGUAUUGGCAUUUUGUUGAUGUUGUCUGGUUAUUUUUAUUUGUAGCUAUCUAUUGGUGGGGUGGUCUUUAA